CGGGUUUAGCUGUCGCUUUAAGACUGAUUUCCCCCCAUUGUCAAACAGUCGUGAGCAGGAAGAGGGAAACGAAAGCAGAGAGCGAGGGGCCCGACGUAUUUAAACACGAUGCUGCUGCUGCCUCUCAGUAACGGGGACCAGAGGAGGAGCGUCUCUGCAGCCCGAUCACUUAAAAACACGCACCCACACGGAGAUCAUCACAAGUGACAUUUUUGAUCCGAUUGUUGCCGUCUUAUUGACAGUGUGAGAAGUCGCUGCAGGAUGAGACUUGAGAGUCAUGCAAGUGUCACCGCGGGUGAUCGCCUCAGGAAAUGAUGACAGUGUCCUCCAUCAUCGCUUAGCUGCUCAGAGCGAAAUUGUUUAGUCUUCGGCCAUUUCUGCAGGACUGUGUGUUCAUUUAACAAAAUAAAGGGCUGAACCGGCGUCUUGGAGACUGUAGGAGCAAGUGUCUUUGAUUCAGCUGCACAGGUGUGGACCCCAGCUGGACAUCAUAUCUGAGACAUGUCCUCUGCUAUAGAGAGGAAGACCAUGGAAGCUAAUGACGAGCCGGUGGAUGAAGUCCUCCAGAUGCCCCCCUCUCAGCUGACGUGUGGUGGGUGUCAGCAGAGCAUCGGGGACAGGUUCUUCCUGAAAGCCAUCGAGCAGUACUGGCAUGAAGACUGCCUGAGCUGCGACCUGUGUGGCUGUCGACUGGGGGAGGUGGGCCGCCGCCUCUACUUCAAGCUGGGGAGAAAACUUUGUCGGAGAGACUACCUCAGGCUGUUUGGUCAGGACGGUCUCUGUGCGUCCUGUGAGAAGAGGAUUCGAGCGUUUGAGAUGACGAUGCGGGUGCGGGACAAGGUUUACCAUCUGGAGUGCUUCAAGUGUGCCGCCUGCCAAAAGCACUUCUGCGUGGGUGACCGCUACCUGCUCAUCAACUCAGACAUUGUGUGCGAGCAGGACAUCUUCGAGUGGACCAAACUCAGCAAUAGCAACAUGAUUUAGCAGAGUGGUUUGGUCAACAUGAGGGAGCAGCACCCUGCCUUUCCCACUUGCUUUAAAGUGGAGGAACUGACAUUUUGCAGCCUGUGCAGGCUGUAUCAUGCAUCAUUCAUAGUCAGAGUCAGCAGCUUUGCAUUGCUCUCUACUGGAGACUGAUGAAGACUGCACCAGCAAUAACAAAAAAGGUUGAUCCUUAAAUGCAAAACCAGGCUUAUAUACUGGAAAUACUUAAACAUGCAAUAAUGAUUGUUUGUUAUACACACUGGAGUCUUAUAACCUUAGCAAUGAACACAAAUAAAAUGUUGAGUUCAAAAUUCAAGUUUCUAUGGUCUUACACUGUUUGAACACCUCAGUCUCUGAAGUGAUCAAUAGUAAUUUAUAAAGGUUUUAUUUAAUAAAUUGCAAUUUCCUGAAACCUUCCUGAAAAUAACUGUGUAAUUUGAUUGUAAUCACAGGAAAAACACCAAUUUAAUUUAAGAAAAAAAUGUGAAGCUUAAUUCUUCAUAGAUGUUGCAUUUAAUGUGUUCCUGUGGACAAGCUAACAGCUAACCUGAUGCAAUGACUGACUUUACUUUAAACCAGUGGUUCUCAAACUUUUUCUGCCAGGCCCCCCCUUUGGAGAAAAAAAAAAAGUCGGGCCCCCCCAACACAAAUAGUCACGUAAUGGGCCAAGUUAACAUUUAUUAAAAUACAUCAAUGUGAACGUGAGCAUUCCUUUAAAAAAAAAAAAAAAAAAUCACUUUGGUAGAACAGUGAUAAUAAAACAAUGCUCCAUAAGUCUGUGUGCUCAAAAAAAUAAAUACAUAAUACAACUGUGCAAUCCCUUUGCUCGAACAAUAAGUUAUAUUACUUUGCAAUCUGUGCAAAAAAAUGAAAAGAAAGAAAAGGCUGAUAUUUGGCAAAAAAGUGUGUCUUAUCACAGUGGCUGCAUGAGCCUGUUUUGCACUGCACAUUUCUUCAAAACGGGGUUGCAGGCUCAGUGGCGGCGCCAGAGAUUUAUUUUGGGGGUGCUGUGGGGUAGCUUGACGUUUCAUAGAGGGUGCUCAAACAUUUAGGGUUUCCCAUUAAUGUACCGGUCGCUAGUCGAAUUUUCUACUGCAACAAAAUUAUAUGAAGAAAUGUAAGACUUGUAAAAUGAAGUGUUUACAGAUUUUCCCGAUGUAGAUGAAACACAAAGUCUGUAUUGAAAUAAUAAUGGUUGCACUGUUAAGCCGGGUUGAACUGGUGGCGCCCUCUAGUGAUCGAGGGAUUCCAUGUAAUACUAAUUUUACUGACAGGAGCUGUUUCCAGUUUGGCUUUUGUAUUUGUUUCCCCUCUCUGGACAUGCAACUGCAGCUUUUUGGGUUUUCACUUUUAAAUACAUUUCAAUUUAGAAAAACAAUUGGAGUGAAUUUAUUUCUGUGAGUUACAACUAUACUUACACAUUAAAAUAAAUGAUUUACUCACAA